AUGGGGAAAUUGUGGAUUUUAUUGUUAAUUUUUUGUACGUCAUCCUGGGCGAUGAAGGAUAAUUUUUCAGCGGUAGAUAAAUUGCGAUACGAUUUAUUGUUACUCCAAAAUUUACCAAUUCAUUCACGAUCUGGAAGGGAUGACAAAAAUGAUGCUUACUUCAAAGUAUUUGAAAUUUAUGACAAAUUCAGUGAAAAAAUAACUAAUGAACAUUUAAACACAGGCAAACGUCACUUGAACUCAUUAAAUUCAUUGAGACUGUGGGCAUUAGUACAAAAAGAUAUGAAUAUUAUUGAAGGAAUGUACAGCAAUUAUUUACAAAAAUUACACGCUGUCACGCAGACUUUCGAGCCAAUAAAUAUUGAGUAUUGGAAUAAUUUUGCUGAUGUAGUUUUUACGCAUCCAAAUGUAUCGAUUUCAGCAGCUCUGGAGCGCAUUUCCGAUGUUAUUAUCCAGCAAAAUUUGUUUAUUGACGCUUACAAGGAAGCUAUAGCCCAGAUAUGUGAUGAACAACAGUCUCCUCAGCAAUUACUGUAUAAUUUGUAUAAUAUUAUUGCGAUGACUGAAAUCAGAGGGUUCAUGAUGAUGCAAUUCUCAUACACAAUACUUCGCUUGCAUAAAAAUGGUACUUUUCACGAUGAGAGACUAAAAACUCUUGAUGAUUAUAAAACAAGAGUAUCUGAGACAUUAAGAGCAGUGCGAACAGCAAUGGCCUUUGCACCACGCGAUCUUUGGAGAUGUGAUCCAGACAAGCAUGUAGAAGACGUAACUUACACUGAGUUGAAACAAUUAUUCCAAGGCUACAUAGUAAAUGAAGUUGAUCUAAAUCCAUCGAAGAGUUGUCGCGAGAACUGUGCUUACUACAGCUACUCAAACGUCCAAGGAUGUUUCGACAAUUUGUUCUGCGCUAAACAGCGUAAAUGCAAUGGAAAAGUCUUGAACUGUCAGUACUUUGACUCAGAUAUGUGGAUUUGUCCAUCGGAUAUUAACAGCAAUCGACGGUACGAGUACGUAGAGUACGAAGACGGCCGAGUGUUUGGCAAAAAAGGAAUUGGUGGCGAUGGAUAUUCUGGCAUUGCAGCUACUGUAUGUGUUACUGUGAUGAUCAUAACUCCAGCUCCGAUCGUUACUUCAAUUUACGAGACGUUACUUCUGAUGUUGCUAACAACAAUUAAUCAAAUAAUCCAUGUACAAAUUCAAGAGGGUAAAUUAACAGAGCGAGGUAGAAUUGAAGAAAACAGCGCUUCUUGGAAGCCAGUUGAUAAUUACACGAUCCGCGAUCGUGGUGUCAACAAUGGCGAAGAUUAUCACACUUUGUCAUGGGAAAAACGUGCUAUUGAUUUGGAUGAUCUCACCGCACCUGAUGAACAUAUUUUAACUGGUGUAAGAUUUAGAAUGGUAGGGUCUCAUUUGAAUUUCGAAGUACGCAUCACUCCGUUCAACUAUUCGUCUGGUUUGUUAAUCAGGCCUUUCGAAAAGAGCCAGUGGACUGGCAACCUUAAUACUGAAGUGUCUAAUGGCAACAGUGAACAGAAAAGAAGAGAGCUCGUAAUAUCAAAUCCAGAUGUCCCGAUCAGAAUCCGCCAGCCAUCGUCGCCCGAUUCACUCUCCAACCAAUUUUUGAACUUCGGGCCCACUGACUUGGACAAAGAUGCUGCACAAUCAACGAUACCAUUUUUAGACACACAGCCUGUGAUAACAAAUCCACCGUUUCCGCUCGCCGGAGCCGGUAUUUAUCACAAAGGACGCAGUGGUUCUGGUGGUUAUAUCGCUCUCAAAGCUAUUACUUAUGAUUUUAAGGAUCAUCUACGCGCUGAUGUUCCUUCUAUACCAGCUAUAUUGGAACUGAACCAAAUUCCAGCACAAUAA